GUCCUGGCGACUGUAACCCAUCAACAACAACAACCUCUCGCUCCAUCAUUACCACCUCCACCAUCCUCAUCCUCAUCAACACGUUAGUCUACGGUACAGGCGCCAUGCAAACGCCCGAGGCCGGCGCUGACUCGUCCACGGUGCCCCUCCAGACCAGCGUGCAGCCGGCCGUUUCCGCACAGCAAGGGGUCUCUCAGGUGCCCGUCCAGCAGCAGGCUCAGACUGUUCAGCAGGUGCAGCAUGUGUAUCCUGCACAAGUUCAGUAUGUUGAGGAGAACAACGGUGUCUACUCCAAUGGAACCAUUCGGACUUACUCAUACUCGGAGCCUCAGCUCUACAGCCAGAACAGCGGGGGGAACUACUUCGACACGCAGGGGGGUUCGUCGCAGGUGACUACGGUGUUGUCGUCGCACGGCAUGGCCAACAACAACAACGGCGGCACAGGCGGCAUGGGCAUGGGUCUGGCGGGGGGGCAGAUUAUCAGCAGCUCGGGCGCCUACCUCAUCGGCGGAGGCAACUCCAUGGACAGCGCUACCCCGCACCCCACCACGCAGACGCCCAGGGCCUCGCCGGCCACGGUCAGUAUUGAAAUGGCGAUUGAGACGCUCCAAAAGUCUGAAGGGUUGUCCUCUCAGAGAAGCUCGCUGCUCAACAGCCAUCUGCAGUGGCUCCUGGACAACUACGAGACGGCGGAGGGCGUGAGCCUGCCGCGCUCCACCCUCUACAACCACUACCUGCGCCACUGCCAGGAGCAGAAGCUGGACCCGGUCAACGCCGCCUCUUUUGGCAAGCUCAUCCGCUCCAUCUUCAUGGGGCUCCGCACUAGACGCCUGGGCACCAGGGGGAACUCUAAGUACCACUACUACGGGAUCCGCGUCAAACCUGACUCGCCCCUCAACCGGCUGCAGGAGGACAUGCAGUACAUGGCUCUCCGACAGCAGCCCAUGCAGCAGAAACAGAGGUUCAAGCCGGUGCAGAAGGUGGACAGCAUGUCGGGGGAGAACUACUCUGGUGGUGGGGUGCAGCACACAGCCAGCGCCGCCGAGCAGACCGUCAUCGCUCAAAGCCAGCACCACCAGCAGUUCCUGGAUGCCUCCCGUGCGCUGCCCGAGUUUGCAGAGCUUGACCUGGGCGAGAGCAACGUGGACCACAUCUCCCCUGAUGACGUCAAGUCCCUGCAGACGCUCUACAGGGAGCACUGUGAGGCCAUCUUGGACGUGGUUGUGAACCUACAGUUCAGCCUGAUUGAGAAGCUGUGGCAGACCUUUUGGCGGUACUCCCACUCCAGUACUGUAGAGGGAGCCACAAUUACAGAGAACAGUGGGGUGAGUGAGAUCGAGAGCCGUCUGCCGCGGGGCACGCUGCUGCUGCUCUGCAGGAAUGAGACGGUGCUGAAGUGGAUGAGUGCCUGCGACCACCUCAUGUACCAGGUCCUGGUGGAGAUACUCAUACCAGAUGUCCUCAGGCCUAUACCCAGUGCCUUGACUCAAGCCAUCCGCAACUUUGCCAAAAGCCUGGAGGGCUGGCUCAGCACGGCCAUGAACGCCGUGCCCCAGAGGAUGGUCCAGGCCAAGGUGUCGGCUGUGAGUGCCUUUGCGCAGACCCUGCGCAGGUACACAUCCCUGAACCACCUGGCGCAGGCGGCGCGCGCCGUGCUGCAGAAUACCUCGCAGAUCAACCAGAUGCUGUCCGACCUCAACCGAGUGGACUUCGCCAACGUGCAGGAGCAGGCCUCGUGGGUGUGCCAGUGUGAGGAGGGCGUGGUGCAGCGCCUGGAGCAGGACUUCAAAGCCACGCUGCAGCAGCAGAGCUCCCUGGAGCAGUGGGCCGCCUGGCUGGACAACGUGGUCAGCCAGGUGCUCAAGCCCUACGAGGACCGCGCCAGCUUCCCCAAGGCCGCGCGCCAGUUCCUGCUCAAGUGGUCCUUCUACAGCUCGAUGGUGAUCCGGGACCUGACCCUGCGCAGUGCGGCCAGCUUCGGCUCCUUCCACCUGAUCCGCCUGCUGUACGACGAGUACAUGUUCUACCUGGUGGAGCACCGCGUGGCCCAGGCCACUGGGGAGACCCCAAUAGGCGUCAUGGGAGAGUGUGACCAGCUGAACGCCAUGUCUCCCAACAUGAUCGACAAAGAUGAGGUGAGCGAGAUGGACAGCGACCUGGACGAUGACCUGGACGAGAGCGGCGAGCCGCUGGCCAAGCGGGAGAAGGCCGAGUCGGAGGUGGAGCCCGAGGUCAUCCAGGUGCUGCAGGUGGGCACCAUGGAGGACGGCAGCAGCGCUGUGGUGGGCAUGCUCAGCUCGCUGCCCGCCCCGGGCACUGCCGCCACGGCCACCAUCAUCCCGGCCGAGCACAUCCUGCCCCCGCCGCUGCCACUGCCGCCCGGCGCCACCAGCACCAUCCGCCACUGCAACAGCGCCGGGAACAGCUUCGCCCCCGUGUGAGGGCGCAUGAGGGGGAGAGGCGCCGGGGGGUCAAGCCAACCUCCUGCCUCCUCCACCUUCCCUUCUCCUCCUCCCUCCUCUCCAAGCGCUCCCCCCUCGAUCUCUCAUCCUUUUCUUUGUUCGUCUUCAGCCUUCUCAGUCUCUUUGUUUUGUACAUGCUUUGGUUUUCAUGUUCUCUCUCUGCUAUGACGCCGAGAGGUCUUUCCUCUUGCCUUAUCAGGAGGUCGUUGAUGAUGAUGAUGAUGAUGAUGAUGGGGUGGGGGUGGGGGGUUGCAGUCUCUAUUAGAUGCUGUGAAUGAAGAUAGAUGCUCUUGACUGAGAGGGGGAAAAUGAGCAAAGGAGGAGAUGGCAAAUGGGAUGAUGAGGCCCAACACCUCCUCAGCCACACAAGCUGAGGGAGAGGAGAGGCAAUGUGUUGCUCCCUUAAGUUUAGGAACACUCCGACAUUCCAUUAAUACUGAAAUUUGGAACAUUCCAUCCUGUCGAUAAUAUAGAGCUCAAAUCCAAGUCACCAAGUCUGAAAAGAACAAAAGAUUUGAUUUGACUGUUUUGGUUUUUGAGAGAACGAUUAGUUGGUGUUUUUGUUUUUUUUUCCCCAACACACUGUUAUUAAUGCUGAAGUUUUGUUAUCACUGUUCAAAUGUGAUCAUGUUUUAUCAGUUUGUGCAAAAACAAAAACAAGGUCGCUUUGCCAAAUAUUUCACUUUCAACCCCCCCCACCCCCAAUCUUCCUUUCUCUUGGUUUGGCAUUGUGUCUAUUUGGCAAGUGCUAUCUUCACUCUGCGUAUUUUUGCUGUGCUGCUAAAGCUGUCAGACAGGUUGUGAGAUGGCACUCGUACCUACGCCGUUCUUGCAUUGUGCCACGUCCAUUGCGUGGGAUGCCGUUCCAAAUGCCUUCUGUUCGCUAGGCUCAGUCGCUUCGUAGUUUUCUAUAGGCGUUUGUUUUCUACCGGAUGUCUUAUUGUUCUGUAUUGCUGUGUUGUGACACUUGUAGAUUUUGUGUUGUCUUCUGUUUUUGUGUUCUGCCUUCUUUUUUCCGGAUUGGACCAAAUACAGAGGAAGUGAUGCGUUGUUGUUGGAGACGAGGUUCUUUAGAGAGGGUUUUUGUUGUUGUUGUUGUUAUUAUUAUUGUUCCUCUCGCGCCCGUGCCGUGCUGUAGAACCGAGCGAAUGUCAGGGACCUUGUGUACCUCGGGUUCAUCACAGUGCCUUAACCCAGCCACCGCACGCCAUCUCUGUCUGCCCAGUGACUGGGCCGUCAUCUCCACGCUGGCAUCAGCAUCCCAUGUCGGUGGAGAGGAAGGUUUGGACGCUUUUUCCUUUCUUUGUGUCAAAUCAUGAUUUUAAUGAGAUUGGAUUUUUCUCAUAAUUAGUCUGACGGUUAAUAUUUUUAGGUCAUACUACUACUUAACGCUGAUGCCUGUCCACUAUUUGCCUCGUCUUUGACCUGUGUGAGAUGCCUGAGCCUGGCUGACUGUGUGUGUGUUUGUGUGUGUUUGUUUGUAUUGGGCUUGUAUGCGUUUUUGUUUCGUUCUUUUUGUCCCUCCCCUGAGUCCGUAGUGCCCUCUUGUGACCCUACCUCAUGCCAGUGGUGCCCACCCCUCACACCAUUUCUCAUCCUCUUCUGUCACCCUAGGCCUGUUCUUUGUGUGCUUCACAGUAAAUACAGAGGACCAAAAGUUGAGAUUUUCUAUGAUAUAUAUAUAUAGCUAUAUAAAUAUAUAGAUAUUAUAAUUCACAGGCAAAUUCUACUGAAAACACAACAGAUGCAUUUUCUGUUUCAUUUUUGUUUUUAAUUUUUUAACCAUAGCUUUUUCUAACAUAAGCCGUUAACAUGCAGUUGAUGGCAUUGACAUUUGCUCACACACACCCUUGCCAUACACACACACUUAAAGGGACUGUCAGUCAGAGAGUUAGCAUCAUGUUGAUACUUCUUAGCUUAAGCUAGCUGCUGACAGAUUUGAGUGGAAGUGGAAGUCUGCCUUUGCUGUGGUGGGUCACUGGUGACCAAGGGCGGCUGGGUUGACCAAGUGCUCACGACCCACCUCCCUCACUGCGCUCUUAAGAUGUGAUCUUUUGAAUGUGUGGCCAGCAGUCUUUAGGGACUGUAAGUUAGUUGUAUACUUGACCUGUUCUUUGAUCGGUGUUACACAAAUUAGAUUAAAAAACAAAAACACUUCAACACCGUUAUACUUGGCGUAAGACGUAUGAUGAACUGGAAAAAAAACCCUUACUACUGACCAUUUUCCUUUAAUAGAGGAGUUUUUUUGUUGUUGUUGUUUUUGUUUGUAUGUUUGUUUUCUCAAUCAGGAGAGCUGUCUGCACAACCGCCUUGAGUUCUGUGUCUGUUUGAUUGAUUGUUAUCCAUACAGGAAUUUUGUAUUCACUUGAAAUGUAUAUUUAUGUUUAUUGAUGGGAGUAAGACUACUGGACUGAGAUGAGUUUCUCACUUAUGUGACAAAGCAUUUUUAUUAAUAACCACUACCCCAAGAAGAAUCUACAUUUUUAUCCACUAAGGCCACUAAUUCGUUUGUGACACUUUUUUUUUUUUUGUCUUUGAAAAGUAGUGGUAAUUGUGUGAGCGCACAAAGUUUAUGAAGAUCUCAAUGAAACAAGAUGCUCCUAAAUGCAGCUUUGAAUUAAUGACCAAAUGGAUCAUGAU